AUGAGUGGACGUUUACCUGGAUUGAACCAGGGGAAACCAUCAACCGGAACCUCGCUGAAGUUUAAGCCCAAAGUGGUAGCUCGUAAAUCUAAGGAGGAACGAGAUGCUAACGUUCUGAAGGUAGAAGAGCCGAAUAAACAGGUUGAGAAGAAGAAAUAUACACAGAAACCACAGGGCAACCAGAAGAGGCAGCCGAAGUAUUUAAACAACACAAGAAUUAUCACAUCAGGCCCAUUGGCAGCUGGUAAUUUCUCUGGAGGAUCUAAUAAAGGGAAUAAUGGAUUCAUUAAGACGGAGGGUUCUCAAAGCAGUCUUGUGCAACGCGGUUUGAAAGCUGUUUCUGAUGAUGAAGCAGAGGGAUCGGACGCAGAAGAUUCAAAAGCUGGGAAGAGAAUUAACAUGGGGAAAGAGUAUACAGAGGCAGACUUCAAGAAGGAAACUGACGAUCUGUUUGAUGAAGAUGAGGAUUCUAAUACUGAUGCAGCCAUGAGUGAAGAGACCAGAGCCUCUAAACAAUUGGCCAAUCUUUUCCCUGUCAGGGCAGUUCGUAUCAAUCACGAAAAGGUGGAUUCUCUACAGAAAGUUGUCCAGGAAUCCAUGUCAACUUUGCAGACCAGGGAACCAACACCAGGACCUGUGAAGCUAGAACCAGAACAAUCGGAUGGUACUUUAAAUGACAUAGUGAACGAGAAGGAACAGCAGUUAAAAGAAAAACUGCGUUUGCUUCAACUUCAACAAGAUUUCCAAUCUGUUGACAGCGCAGAAGCUCUCAGGGAAACAAAUUUGUUAUUUGAGGAUCAUAAACAUAUGUACAAAAAGUUAAACAAGAUUAACGACGUUCCAAAUAAGUUUAUGUUCUUCCAGUUCCCAUCAAAUCUACCUGAAUUUCAGCCACAACCCCCAGUGAAAUCCACCGAAGAAGAUGUAAAGCCAAAUGGUGAAGCAAAAGUAGAUGAAGGAAGUGAACAAUCAAAUAGUAAAAACAGCAAAGAAACACAAAUAGAUUCACCUGAGCCUUUGAUCGGAAACGUUGGUUCAAUUAGAAUGCAUCGAUCCGGCAAAAUGUCAAUCAAGAUCGGGGACGUCGUAAUGGAUAUCAGCAGGGGCGCAGAGUCUACAUUUUUGCAAGACGUGGUUACACUAGAUUUGGAGGGAGAAGAAGCGGAGCUACUAGGCCAAAUCGACGGAAGAGCGAUUGUAACACCACAUAUCUAA